AUGAACUUUGCUUCCGUGCUCGCGUCCCGCCUUUCCUCUCGUCCCUCGUCCAUACACACUCUCGACUCGAGGGACGAGCGCGCAAGCAUUGCUUCAUCCCAAGAGAACGAUGCCUCCACGUCCUCUGAGAGCUCUUCAUUGAGUCUUUCUCUUUCCCGUUCGUGUAUUUCGGAGCCGCCAUGCUCAGGCCCGUCCACUCUACGGCCAAACGAGCACCUGGCUGUCUUGCUUCCCAAGCGUCUGUGGAAGCCUGACGCGCAGGCGUCUCACUGCGAUAUCUUCCUUUGCCGUAAGAGGUUCUCGGUGUGGGAGCGCAGACAUCACUGCAGGAAGUGUGGCGGUAUCUUCUGCGGCGACUGCUCCAUGCGCGCCACCACACUGCUGGACACCUCCAACCUUGAUUUCCUCUAUCCCCCGCGCGACACCCCCAUCACCAACUUCGCAUCUCCCGUCUCGCAAGUUUUGCAUACGCGUGUGUGCGACCACUGCUGGGAUCAGAUUCAUGGUGUGCGUACGUCGCGAUCGCUCGCGGUCAGCGCGGUCGCGCCCAUCGCGGUUCUCAAAGCCGCUCUUGUCGACUCUCCCGAUUCCUCUGUGACUUCCUCACCCUGCACGCCACCGGAUGGCUGUCCUCCUAUUGCGCGGCCCUCUAUACGCCGUGCACACACGAGCUCUCCCCGUAUACCCACCUCUCCUCUCCGUUCGCCCGUGCGCACCUUAUCUCAGACGGCCAUUGGCGUGCACCUUUCUGACAGCGAGCUCUCCUCCAACUCAAGUACCGCUGGGGACAAGGACAGCGGCGAUCUGGGCGAGCUGCAGGCAUACCCUCUCCGCCGCGCGAGCAUAAUUUGCAAGGCGACGGGAGGUGGGCGUUGGGAGCCCAAGCAGCCGAUCAACCUAAUUGGACAUCGGUUACCGGGGACGAAAGCUCCAUAUGAAAUUGAGCUGGAGCGCGAGGAAGAGGAGCGCAGGCGACGGAAGGCGAAUCCUAUUCUCCGAAACGGAGAUUUCCAACUGCGUGUUCCCCGCGAGCUCGAGCCCCGUUCUCCUGCUGGGCCUAUCCAAUUCUCCACGUUCUAG